UUCAUCUGGCCACACAGCACAACGAUAUCCCCUUCUGGGCUGUGUGGCCAUGAAGCUCCACAGCUUCACCGCUCGUCGUGAGCGGUGUUUUCAUGCUCGCGACUCACACCUCCCCGAUCGCUGUAGACGAGCCAGAGGAAAGCGAGAGAGAGUAGAAAGUGGCUGGCGUGAAGGUUUUAGACGUUUUUGUCGGGGUGAUUCUAACACAGGGGAUCUGUGAAGCGUGUUAGAACCGGUGGGUGAGGAAGUGUGAGUGUGUGUGUGGGGGUGGAGUUUGAGUUAUCAGGGUCGAUGGGUGUUCGAAAACCGGGAUUUUGACUGUGUGUGCGGGUGGUAAUUGAGGGUGUGGGCGAGAGAUUUGCAGUGAGAUUGGGGUUUCGUGCAGCAUGCCGCCGUUCCGCGUGAUUGGGUUGCAGGAUAGGCUGUUUCGGAGUGUGGGAGCGUCGUCAUCAUCUUCGUCGUCGGGGGCACAGAUUUCGCUGCACGUGGAGGCAUCGUCGUUCAGAGCGGGCUCGAGUCGACUGGAUGGGGGCGGUAAUUCUAGCUCGUUGAGUGUGAAUGGAUUGGACGAGUCGUCGUCGUCACGCGGGUCGUGCUCUGGGGGAGGUUCUCAAUGCCAAGGAAGGUUGAAUAGGAAUGGAGGGCUGAUGGUAUUGCCUCUACUCAGUCGAAGCUCUCGCUUGUUACCUCGGAAGCGAGAGCCCAGCUCUAGAUUUGAAUUCGCCGAUGGGUGCAGCACUGGAGGCCAUGGGAUAUUAUUGCCUGUGAUGGCGUUAGGCACAGGGGGUCAGGAUAUGACGGAUAAAACCGAGGAUAUUGGCAAGGCGGGUGACAUGCAAGCGCUGGGCGCGGACUGGAAUGUAGAUCUCAGCCAGUCAAACCAAUUGAGCGACUCGGAGGCCAGUUGGGGGCAGAUUAGCAUGGUGUUCAGAAUUGUGUAUUCCUUGGCUAUGUAUGGAGGAUUAGCGUUUGCGGGGAGUGUUAUCUGUAGCUUCACGGGUGUAGAUCUCUGGGGCGGAUUCGAACUCUCCCCCCAGGUGAUCACCACCGGCUUCGGAUACGCCGUCCCUCCCAUGAUGGUUUUGCUAUUCAUCCUCGAGGACGAAAUCGUGAAAUCGUGGGGACCCGCACGGGCGAUUCGCGAUGUCGAGGACGAGGAGCUCAUGGACUUCUUCGUGGGCAUGUCGCCAUGGCAAUUUCCCUUCGUCGUGGCCGCCGGAGCCGUGGCGGAAGAGCUCUUCUUCAGAGUGGCUAUCCAGGGCGGACUGACGCAUGCGCUCCAAAUGAGCGACAAGAGUGUCACGGACUCCACAGCCGGUCUCGCAGCUCUGACAGGCGUGAUCCCCCUAUUCGUCCCAUUCGCGCAAUUCUUCGCCACGGCUCUCACAGCGGCAUUGACCGGAUCCAUGUACUACGUGAUCUCGUCGCCGAAAGACCCCAAGUAUGUGGUUGCGCCGGUUGUGCGAGGCCGCAACAACCGAAUUGACAUCAAAGAGCGCGUGUCGGCGUGGUACGAGCGGCGACAGCAGAAGAAGAUAUACUCCCCGCUCAUGGAAAGCCUCCUGGCGAUGUACUUGGGAUUUGAGUGGAUGCACACGGGCAACAUCCUGGCGCCAAUUAUUACGCAUACUCUCUACUCGCUAGUCAUCGUCGGUAACGGCCUGCGGCGCAUUCAUGACAACAGGGUUAAGCUUCGGCAGCGGGUGAGUAAGAUUUCUGUUGAGAGGCUGGCGAGGAUCGGCGUUGGGGAGAAUCGGUCUGAGCAAGUAAAGUGAACACAGCCCCACAAGUUUUGUGACACACAUAUUCAACGCUCUUAUCAGCUCUAUGAUCCAUGAACGAUUGCUCCUCUCGAUCUGUAUGUAAAGAUUUCAUUAGGUAGUUUAUACUGGAUGGCAUGCCGCUCUGUUAGUGGCAUCCCUUCAAAUUCGGAAAGAUUAGCAUGGAAAUUAAGUUCCCCUUGCUUCCUGGUUUGUACUAUUAUCGAUGAUCCUGUACAGUAUUUCUUCGACCUCUACAUUCCGCCUCCGUGUCUGGACUGGUAACCUCUGCAAGCAUGGAACUUCAUUUAAUGGUGUUAAUUGAAUCCUGUAAUUGUCGAUGGAGUGGACUCAGAAAGCGCCUUUGUUACCGUGCCUGAGACAGUUCCAUAUCUUCAACUCUUUCAGUAACAAUAGACUUAUUAUCUGUU